UCAACCCUGCAUUCUGGUCCUUUCCAAUGCACCGAUUCUAUUCUAGCUUUGAACGUCUUUCCAUUGGAAGUCGGUGUCCAUCUACACGCUGUUUACAGUUCUCUUCUUCCCGCGUGGAAGAAGGGAUCUCACGUACGACACUGCUUCUCUCUAGAAGGUUAGGUUUGCUAUCUGGAAGGAACAGCGGCUAGAUCAUGGCGACCGGUGCGGCGUGUGCGGAGAGAGCGACGAGCGACAUGCUAAUUGGCCCUGAUUGGGCGGUAAAUAUUGAGCUGUGCGAUAUUAUAAACGCGGAUCCGGGACAAGCAAAGGAUGCUCUUAAGGUGCUCAAGAAGCGGUUGGGAAGCAAGAAUCCAAAAAUACAACUUCUUUCUCUUUUUGUGUUAGAGACUUUAAGCAAAAAUUGUGGGGACAGUAUUCCUGGACAAAUUAUUGAACGAGACAUCUUACAUGAAAUGGUUAAAAUUGUGAAGAAAAAGCCAGACUUGAAUGUAAAAGAGAAGAUACUGGUUCUCAUAGACGCAUGGCAAGAUGCAUUUGGAGGUGCUGGAGGGAGAUAUCCUCAGUACCAUUCUGCAUAUGGCGAAUUGAGGGCUGCUGGAUUUGAAUUUCCUCCACGAACAGAAAGCACAGCCCCGUUGUUUACACCUCCGCAAACACAUCCUAUAGAGCAUCAACGGAUUGAGGCAACAUAUGAUGCUGCCUUACAGGCUUCUCUUCAAUCUGAUGUUUCUGCCUUAAGUUUGGAUGAGAUUCAAAAUGCGCGAGGCAUAGCUGAUGUAUUGUCGGAGAUCCUUAAUGCAUUGGAUUUUCAAAGUUCAGAGAGUGUCAAGCAAGAAGUUAUUGUUGAUCUCGUAGAGCAGUGUCGUUCGUAUCAGGAUCGAGUCAUGCUCCUUAUUAAUAACACUGGAGAUGAAGGACUUUUGUUCCAGGCCCUUGCACUAAAUGAUGACCUGCAGAAAGUACUACAGCGUCAUGAUGAAAUAGCCAGAGGGAUUCCUAUUAGGAAUAAUACUACAGGAGGAGCUCCCGUUGCACCUGUUGGAGCUCCGGUUUCUCCUGUUGCACCUCUUGUUAAUCUUAAUCAUGAGGAUGAUGAGGCGGAGGAUGAGUUUUCUCAGUUGUCACGCAGGAGCGCUAGAGAGAAUGCAGCCGGAAAACAAAGACCAUAUAAGGCUGAACAGUCUUUCUCUAGUCCUAUUCUUCCUCCACCACCCCCUCCACCACUAUCAGCUAAGAAGCCAUCUUCCCAUGAUUCAGUUCCAGUCGACUACCUCAGCGGCGAUUCCUACGAAGAAAAAAGACGAACUGAAGCUAAUUUCAAACCACCUUCGCCUUCUAUCUUCUCCCCACCGCCCAAAUACGACGAGCCCAAGAAUGAAGAACCUAUUCACCACACAAAAUCCAAUGAAAAUCUUCCAAAGGCUCCUUGGGAAACUCAGCCAGUUAAUUUUCUCCCCCCUCCACCUUCAAGACACAGCCAACGACAGCAGUUCUUCGAGCAGCAACACCACCACCACUCAUCUUCGUCUGAUUCAGAAACAUUCAACGGAUUGGCGUCAAAGACAGAGGAUUUAUCUCUCAAUCCGCCAAAGGUUUCGCAGCAUUCAAGCGGACAAGAUUCAUCAACACCUGCACGGCAAACUAAACCCGAGGACAUUUUAUUCAAAGACCUGGUUGAUUUCGCCAAAGCAAAAUCAUCGACAGCCAGACCGCCCGGUAGCCAUAGAACCCGCUGAGAGGUUUGAUACGCGCAGAACUUGA